AUGUCGUCCAUCGCACUCGAAAGCCUUGAAGAUUUCUCCAAGAAGAAUGCAAGCAUCAGCUAUCGAAGGUGCAUCAAACUUGCCGCUCUCGUAACUGGCUCAGUGGCCUUGGGUCUCCUCCUUGUUACUGGUGUUUCCCAGCACAAGAUCCUCCAAACUAUCGGCGAGCCAACCACAACUUCGAUUGCUGUGCGACCGGACUAUCAUAUUUCGACCCACCUCUACGAACGUGGCGUCUUCAAGUGGAUCAUAGGCGCAGUAACGAACCCAAUUGUUGGAUUAGCUGUCUUUUAUUGGAGAGCAAUCGCUUCCGUCGCUGCAGCAUGGCCAUCCAUCGACCAAGCCGCGGCAGCCUUCUUGUUUAUUGCACAACAAUACAACAUUCAGAGUGGUGGCCACAAGCGAGGGAUUGGAGGCCCGGAGCAAGAACACCCCGAGUACUAUGAGCUGAAGGACCGUAUCUUCGGCCCUAACUAUGACUUCCACAGCUUCAUUCCCAAUAAUUCUGAGCAUGAGCAUCACCGUGAAAUGGUCAGGAAGAACGGUGGCAAUGAUGUGCCUGUUUUCCACUGGACCUCUCCAGACGGGCUGCAAUUCCACCACGCUUUCCUCUACAACCAGGCAGACGGCACCCACAUGCAUCGCUUCGGCUACACUGGUAAAUCAACGGUUGCAAAGAGACAAUCAGAUGUCUCAGGCGCACAGACAGAAGAGAGUUUUUCAUCUGGCGGCAUCGAUUUGAAAGAUUGCAAUGGUGGCGAUUCCAACUCGUUUUCGAUCAAUCAGCAAGUCCGCAUGCAAGAGGACAUCGAUUGUGCGGUUGGUGCCGGCAGCGUCAAGUCGUCUUCGUCACUGGGAGUUACUAUCUAG